GACGCAGCGAUUCCUCCAAUAUUGUCCAAUCAUUAUUCAUCAGAAUUCGCUCGAUACUCUUUCUCUGCCGUUUUAUCUCUUUAUACCAUUUUCUUGGGCAUAGCUUACCCAGCUAACCAUGCCUCUCUUGCACACUAUAUUUUAAGCACUCAAAUCUUCAGCUUAUACAAGUGGAUCAGACUUCUAAAAAAUUCCAAGAACAGCACGUAGAUAUACCGUACGCUCAGAAUUUUCAGUUGAGAAAUGGAUAGAAGAGCGCUUGACGAUAGAAGAAGAAUUGGAACUGUGAAGGCAGCCGUUAGUCUAUAUGGUGAAAGAAUUCUUGAAGGUAGUUCUUCAUCUUCUUCACUGAAAAAACCACAGAUGGAUUUGCAUGAGAACUCCUCUUCAACCGCCAGAGAGUUGCACAUGGCAAAGAGAGACGUGGUUAGAUAUAAAGAGAGUAGAAGGGCUGCGCAGUCGGUGAAAACCAGAGCAGAAUCGGAGCUCUCAAAUGCUAGAAAGACGGUGAAAGACCUUGCUUUCCAAAUCGAGGAAUCGACCUCCAAGUCAAAGACAAGGAUGAGAGAUAUGGAAACGUUGAAGAAGUCAAGUAAGCGCGAAGAUAAGGCUUUGAAGGAUAGGAGUUUCGAGAGUCAUCGAUAUGCAGAAAUGAUGAGAGAAUUGGAACGUGUGAAGAAAGAAUUGAGUAAACUUAAGCUGGAUAUGAAUUCGGUCUUGGAAGAGAAGAAGCGAGCCGAGAAGGAAAUUGAAGGCUCAAGCUCUAAAUUAAUGUCUGAUCUGGACUCUGCAGAAGCACUCAGGAAGGAGAUUGAGCAGGUAAAUGAGGAGCAAGUGCUGGUUGAGUUGGCCCGAAUUGAGGCAUUGAAGGAGUUUGGGGAAAUUGAGGCUCAAAGAGAGAAGGAAGCCAAUGAAUUCUCGCUUGAAAAGGAGAAAACUAGAAAUAGAAUGAAGCAUGUUGUUGAGGAGAUUGAUAGCUCCAAAGAACUUGAAUCCAAAUUGGCUGUCACGUUAUCAGAUGUGAAUGUGCUGCAGAAUGAACUAAAGCUUGUUAAAGAAAUAGAAAAGAAGGUACUGAGAAAUGACAGCUUGAAGCAUUCCGGGGGUAGUUCUCAAAAAUCUGAAGAAUUGGAGGAUUCGCCUUCACUGAGGUCAGUCACAGACGAGUUAGAGGCGGCAAAGCAAGAAUUGGCUUCAAUUAAAGAAGAGAGUUUUCAGUUCAUGUCCUCAAUGGAUAUCAUAAGGAAUGAGCUCAAGCAUGUCAAGGAAGAAACAUCCAUGUUGAAGAAAACAGAAGAGAAGGCAGAUUUAACGGUUCAAAAUCUCAACUCAAAGCUUCUCAGAGCGAAAUCUAAACUGGAAGCUGUUUCUGCAGCUGAGGAAAAGGCUAAAUCAAUCGUGUCCAAUCUUUCUCUCACUCUUGAACAGUUGAAGGCAGAAGCCGAGGCCGCAAAGAAAGAAAAGGAGCUUGUUAGCACAGAAACUUCUAAUAUCAAGGCUGAAAUUCAGAAAACUGAGUCUGAGAUAGGCAAAACUAAAGAAAGAUUGCAGGCUGCAAUGCAAGAACUUGAGGCAGCAAAAGCAUCGGAAGCUUUAGCUCUUGACAAUCUGCAAAAUCUUAUUGAGAAUACCAUGAGAGCCAGAGCUUCUGCUUGUCAACAAAGUUCCUCAAUUACCAUCUCAAAAUUCGAGUACGAGUACUUAACUGGACGAGCAGUCAGAGCCGACGAAAUUGCAGAUAAAAAGGUAGCAGCAGCUCAAGCAUGGGUGGAAGCAUUAAAAGCCAAUGAGAAGGAGAUAUUGAUGAAAAUUGAAAUAGCUCAUGAAGAAAUCCGAGAGACUAGGGUGGAAGAAGAGCAGCAGGUAUAUAGAACUGAGAGGUCACUUUCUGCAAAGAGAGCAGUAGAAGGGGAAAUCAGAAACUGGAGACACAAGCGUGAGAAAAUUCCACAAGCUGAGUACCGGGAACGACCAUUGCAAAGAAAAUCCAUGAAAAAUAAUGUCAAUUUAACACCAAGAAAGUCCAUGAAAGGUAAUGCUAAUUGGACUCCAUCCAAACGUGGCAAGGUUCGAAAUUCUGCUUCUCCAGGAGUUGGAAUGACUCCUGGAUCAACUUCUUUCAUUAUCAGGAAGAAGAAAAAGGUGAUGCCUAAUUUAGCCAAGUUUUUUAGUGGCAAGAAUGCCGGCAAGCAUCCUUGAGAGUUUGUCUGUGCAAUAAUUAAGCUCCUUGGCAUUGCGAUUCAGUUCAGAAAAAAAUUGCUGCAUUCAGUGAGUAUUGGAAACUAACAAUUUGCUUUAAUAUGUUUCCGUAAAUUGGUGUUUGUCUUCCAGGUUUCAUCAGUUACGCUAGUACCUCCAGGUCGACGGUGGUAAACUGCAAGUUGUAGAUGAGUCUUUUUCUCAAUUUUAAGCAUUAGAUAGAAAUACAAAGAAAGAGAAAGGGGUCACCCUGAGAAGGUUGUGAGAUUAUAAAUCUCUCGGGUUCCCAGUGCAACCAGAAGAUGCAUAAAAGAGCGCUGUAUUAAUGGCCUAAUUGUUGAGUACCUGUUUCAUUGUUAAAAGAUUUAUUUCUUAUC